UUAAAGGCCACGAAAGCUGGAAUGAAUCACUCCGAGCUAUUCUGCGGCACAGCAUGGAACGAAACGCAAUUUUUCAUUACAAAAUACCUGUACGGUUCGGUGAUCCUGGUACUGGAGUCGAUUGGAAUCCCUUUUAGCAUCUUGACUGUGAUAAUAUUUGCUAAGAACGUAUUCUCGCCAUCAAAUAUCCUAUUCACGAGCUUAGCCAUAUCCAAUUUGAUAGUAUUACUCUUUGGAAUUCCUCGAAUAUGGUUCGGUAUUUGGCAUUAUCGCAUCUAUUAUACGCUAGAUCGAGGAUCGUACACAGAGAUCGAGAUGAUAGCAGAGUACUAUUUGGGCACUGGUCAAAAAAUAUUCUACAAUAUAUCGUUAUAUCAUACAAUGAUAUUGGCCAUAUGGCGAUAUAUAGCCAUUACUCUUCCUUUGAAGGAACGAAUCUUUUGCAAUGUUAGAAUGACCCUGGCUGCGGUACUUACUGUUUAUAUAUGUACGUUUUCCUUUUCUUACAUCGCACGAGAUGUAUUACUUAUUCAUCCGACAAAGUUUGAAAAUGGUAAAUUUGGAGAACAACAAUCGAAUUUAUUUUACGAUCUGUUCUACAUUGUACUGAAGCUGAUACCAUGCACAAUUGUCACCAUUUGUACCUUGAGAUUUAUUCGAGUUCUACGAGAAUCGAAAGCCAGACGCAAAGAAAUGAUACCAAACUUCAACAAGAAACUGGAAGAGAAGGAGGUACAAAUGAACCGAACCACAAAAAUGGUACUCGGAAUAACGAUUUUUUUCUUGACUAAUAAUACUGCUUUGGCCAUGGGUAGGAUUUUGAUAUUGAUUUUUGGUCAGAAAUUUCGAAAAGAUUGUUUUCCGGCGAUCUCAUGCAUUAUUAUACUCCUAUCAGGUAUUUAUACUGUAAUUCCUUUCGUUGUAUAUUACAUUACUAGUCAACAAUUUCGUGACAAUUUUAAGUCGUUGUUACCUUGCAAAAGAUGUGUUUCGUUAGAAGAUAAAAUAAUACCAUUGAUUUAAAUAACUGUUUAGAUAGGUGUAGAAAUAAGUACGAGUAGGUAAGGAUACUUCGGUGUCGUCAAGUUGUGUUGGAAAAAAAAUGAUGGUGAACUAUUUAUACCUACCUACACAUAAUUAUAUUAUUUUUUUCAAAAUUAAUUAGAUCUCAUGUACUUAUAUAGAUUUUUGAUUUAUUAAAGACAUAAAAGAGUUAACAUGUGGAAUCUAUAA